AUGGCCCCUCUGUCUAAGACUCUCGCCCUCGCUGGCGCCUUCUUCGCCAUGACUGGCUUUGCAGCUCCUCUCAACAAGCGCGUCGUCGUCUGGGAGACCGUCACCGAUGUCGUCUGGGAGACUGUCGAUGUCACCACCACCAUCUACCCCGGUCAGCACGCGCAGACCACCGUCGUGCCCGUCGCCGCAGCCGCGACCACCACCUCUGCCGCUGCCGCCGUGGUGACCUCGGCUGCUCAGGCUCCUGUUCAGUCCCAGGCCCCUGCUCCUCCGGCCUCCAAGCAGGAGACCUCGGCUGCUCCCACCACCACCACCACCACCACCACCCAGCAGGCUGUGCCUACCACCUCUUCCGUUGAGCAAGCCCCGGCCGCCACCACUGCUGCCCCCGUGGUUCAGGCCCCCGCUGCUCCUGCCGCCCCUGCCGUCGAGUCCAGCUCUUCCUCGUCUUCCUCUGCUGCCCCCGCUGCCACUGGAUCUACUGGAUCCUCUGGCCAGUCAAGUUCCAAGGCGGCCGCCAACUCGGGUUACAACGGUGCUUGCUCUUCCGGUUCUCCCUGCAUCGGUGACAUUACCUACUACGACACGGCGACUACCAUGACCAACCCCAGCUCCUGCGGUACCACGAACGAUGGUCUGACUGAGCUUGUCCUUGCUCUGCCUCACGGUAUCAUGUCGGAUAGUGACUGCGGCAAGUCCGUCACCGUCGAGUACAAUGGUGUCACCAAGACCGGUACCGUUGUGGACAAGUGCAUGGGUUGCGACAACACCUCCAUUGACCUGUCGCGCGCCUUCUUCGAGGCCGUUGCUGGAUCCCUGAACGCUGGUCGCGUCUCUGGUGUCAAGUGGUACAUCAACUAA